AUGAUCUCCUGCGAGCAGGAGGCAAGGUGCUCGGAGUGGAGGGGCCGCCAGCACUCUUACCAAAUUCUGGCUUCCUCGGUUGACCCCAACCUGGGACUCGCCCUCGUGCUCGAAAACGACAACCAUACGUGCAGCACCCCGUACUCGGAUACCGCGGUGGUGAUCGACUCCAUCAGACGGUGCAAAAAGAUCUCUUCCGCAACCACGUGGGGCGUCCUGUCUUUCGGCGGCAUCGAUCUGAAUCGACCGGCUUGCCACGAGAUAGGUCGUUUGACCUUGUACUUUGGGGCGCUCAAGAAUGGCUGGCAGAUGCUGGACCCAAUGCCCGAGCCGAGGAACUACCACACGGCUUCUCUCGUGGGCGACGAAGUCUUCGUUGUUGGGGGCUGCGAUCCGAGCCGGACCCGCUGUGACGAGAUGGUGUCUUCGGACUCGGUCUUCUGCUUCUCAACGGGCCAUAAGUCGUGGAGCGAGAGAGCCAAGCUUCCCGAGGCGCGAGCUUUUCACGGGGCCGCUGUAGUCGAUGACCAACUGUACGUCGUCGGAGGUCGCGACCAGAGUGGCAGUUACCUCGACACGGUUGUAGUGUACAGCCCUAUGUUGAACGCUUGGUCCAUGCUCCUGAACUUGCCGGUUGCGUUAAUGGGAGCUGCGGUGGUGGUCUACCAAGGGAGGAUAUGGGUGCUCGGAGGAGUAGCACUGGACAGGAGCAGUGCACCAGCGGAUUCUGCUAAAGUACACCCGCUGGAUGAUGUGCUUAUCGUUGACACGCGCCGACGAAGGUGCUUCAAAGGGCCCUCCCUCCCUUUUGCCUGUGCUUUCGGAGCUGGAGCCGUCAGUGCCAACCAGAUCUGGCUCUGUGGUGGCAUGACUCCAGCCGAGAAAGGCAAACUGAAGAGCACGUGCAACAUCUACGUUCUAGACCACGGUGCCUGGGUGUUCUACGACGUCCUUUCCCUCAACCGGCACGCUUUUCCGGCCGCCAGCUACGCUGACACGUUUGUGAUGGUGUUCGGAGGCGUCAGCACGAGCUACGAGGGAUCCGUGGACGAGUGCGAGAUAUUCUGCACUGGCCCCAGCCACGGGAACCUCCGGCUUCGCUCUCCCCCGUUCCCUCUCGCCGGCCACGCUUGCGUCGUGCUGCCUCCAGGCGGCGAUGCCGAACCCGACGUUCGCGACAUCUGGCGGCGAAUGUUUGACGCUGCGAAGCGAACGUGACGUUCUCGUUAGCCAGCGUUACUCGAUUUUCAUUACACCACUUCCCGCGAUUUCGUAUCUCUUAUUCGCGUUAAUUUAGAUCGCAAUGUGAAACGUCGGUGCGACCUUAUGCACUAGGAAAUAAGUCGGCGUUUGGCAUCCCAGCUGUGAUUAAGGCCUGGCCGCAUCUUUCUCAUGGAUGGCUUGGUGGGCUAGUUGGUGAAGCAUCUUGAAGAGUUAGAAGUGCACGAACACGAGGACAGAGUGAGGAACAACAAGACACAGCGCUGUGUCCUGUUGUUUCUCACUCUGUCCUCGUCUGUGUGCGCUGUUAGCCCUUUAACAUAUCUCUCUGCUCCUAAAUCGCUCUAAUCAAUAAACCAAUCUUAGCACAUUUGUUCACACUCGUGUCAACUAUAAAAUUAUCGCUUCUGUCACAUGUAUUCUGUCACAUUGUCACAUGUCUCUCAUAGAGCGCAUUCAGAACCAAUUGGCGUCAUCACUGAUAGUUUGUUACAUUUCUGAUAUAAUUACCCAACGACGCCACCACAAUAUUUUGUUCCUACGCAAUCUCUAUUACAACAUAAUUAUGCUAAUCAACUUUCAUUCGUUUUUGUUGAUAGUAAUUUAUUGAUAAGUAACAUCCCACUAGAUCUCCUCUUUAUUACCCAUAGUGCGCAAUUUAGUAAUAUAAACAUGACUCCGUGGCAUUUAAGGGUACUGCUGAAAAUUUACCACAUGCCUUGAAAUUUUUACAAUCAUAACAUUUAAAUUGUCCCAUUCCAUUUUCCAAAUUUCCAUCUUGAAUAAUGUUAUAUUUAUGUGUUGUUGAUAAUUUUUCGUAUAUCUUUUGUUGCUAAUUUUUGCACUGAUUGAAAUGUAUUUUUUAAUUAGUUUGCAUUUUAAACUAUUAUAGUGUUCCAUUUUGUUCUAUAGUGGCUUAAGUUUAAUAUACAUUGGUUCAGAAAAUUAUUUUUAGAGUGCUUGUUCAUAUUUAUAGUUAUUGCUUUUGAGGCUCCUUACUUUAAUAUCCUUUUCUGCA